AAACUUUGACACUUGAAUUAUAUUGUUUACCAACUUUUGAAUACCAGUAAUAGAGUUAUGAAAUUCUAUUUAUCUUCUAAAGUGAACUUUUUGUAUGUACACUGGAAUAAUUAAUUCUACACAAGGAGGCGAAGAGUCUGUCCACUUGUUAUGGAAUACUGACGAGAGUACAGUUAUGGAAGAAACUGAAGAAAACGCCAUAGACUACAAAUGUGGUUGGCUGAUGAUUAAGCCAAACUGGAUGCAAAGUUUCAGGACACCUGCGUGGGCUUUAACUUUUAUAUCUUGCUCAGCAUUUCUGCAAGGUGCUAUUGUUAACGGAGUUCUUCACUUGAUGAUACCCACGAUAGAACAGAGAUUCAAUCUACCUUCUUUCAAAUCCGGGUUGGUAUCUGGAGGCUAUGAUAUCGCAUCUCUGAUAUGCUUGAUCCCAGUGACAUACAUCGGGGGCAGACCAAAAGCCUGCAAGCCUACGUGGAUUGGCGUUGGAAUUUUGGUAAUGGGAGUUGGAUCAUUGAUUUUUGCCUCGCCUCACUUCAUGAAACACACACCCUUCACUGUCACAGACAGCAGUGACACGACCCUUUGUAGAGGGUCGCACGCCAAGGACAUCUGUCAAGGAGUAAAAGAAAGUAAACUAUCUAUAUUCAUGUGGGUGUUUUUCGUGGGGAAUCUUUUCCAUGGAGCAGGCGCUAGUCCAUUGUACACUCUUGGGGUGACCUAUAUAGACGAGUCAGUUGUCAAGAAGAAGACUGGAAUUUACAUAGGAUUAUACUAUACAGCUGCAACAGUAGGAGUCGCCGUAGGUUAUAUUGUUGGUGGGUUUUUCUUGCAGCUCCAUGAAGACUUUCCUACAGGUGGCCAUGCGCAGCAUUUGUCGCCGUACAGUAAAACUUGGAUUGGUGCCUGGUGGCUGGGGUUCGUGAUUUUGGGGCUGCUUUGUUUGGUCAUAGCCAUGCCAAUUUUAGCUCUUCCAACCCAAUUACCAGACUGGGAACAAGUAAGGCUAUCGAAGGUUUCCGAAGCCGUUAUUGGAGUUAGUCGAACCAAAGCGUACACUGGACUCAAAGAUUUUCCUGCAGCCAUAUUAGAACUUCUGAAAAACACAAGUUUUAUGCUUCUAAACUUCGCCGGCUGUUGUGAAGGAGUUGUAUUCAGCGGAUCUGGAGCCUUCAUACCUAAGAUCAUACAGAGCCAGUUUCAUCUGUCAUACAAAACUACAGCGUUAGUCAUGGGUAUUAUAACAGUUCCCAGCGCAGUACUUGGAACCAUGGUCGGAGGAGGAAUAUUGAAAAAGUUUGAUCUGAGGUUUGUUGGAAUACUCAAACUGUGUAUUGGAACUACGACUUUGGCCAUGAUUUGCGCAUCCUGCUUCCUAAUUACUUGUUCGCAAGAGAAGAUGAUAGGGCUCAAUGUACCCUAUUAUGAGGACAGAAAGGAAAUUAAGCUGGACGACCCGUGUAAUGACAACUGUGGGUGCUCCUGGGAGGAAUAUCUGCCGGUGUGUGGAACAAACAACUACACGUACUUCUCGGCUUGUUAUGCUGGCUGCACUACAGCCCAUAAAUCGGACUUUGCUGAUGUAACCCUGUAUUCAAACUGCAGUUGUAUCGAAGAAAUAGGAGACAACGGAGUGCAGGCCAGCAGCCAACCUUGCAAGAUGGCAUGUUCUCUCCUGCCGUUGUUCCUGAUUAUGUUGUACCUGUCACUUUUCUUCACGUUCGUAGCCGUCAUGCCAGCUCUUACUGCGACUCUUCGAUGCGUAAAAUCCGAUCAAAGAUCUCUAGCUCUGGGAAUGCAAUGGAUGCUCGUGCGCCUGCUGGGUAUGAUCCCUGGACCGAUGCUGUUCGGCGUUAUACUAGACGGUACGUGCGAAUACUGGCACGCGCCGUGUAGCAAAGAGGAAGGCUCAUGUAUUCUUUACGAUCACUACUCUAUUAGCAGGACAAUGGUACUACUCGCAUUUGGAUGGAAGUCAUUAGAAGUAGUUCUGUUUGCUUUGUCGAUUUAUUUCUAUAAGAAAGAUACAGUGAAUUCUUCAAUAAGCACCUAAUUCUACCUGUAAAAUGUAGUAAAACUUAUGUAAAUACAUGACUAUUAGAAAAUAUGUUACUAUUAACCAA